GCAACUAUCACUACUGCUCUCGGUAUCACGUAUGAUAGCCACGCGUAUUGCAUCUUUAUCUCACACCAGUGCUGGUUCUAGUUCACCCCUUCAGCACCCCCACCGCCAACAAAAAAUUGUGUGUUUUUCUCCCAAAAAAAUCAAUAUUCGGAGCUGCAUGAGGAUAAGCAUUAUCGUGUUGAAAUACGGUGAUGUCCUGGUGCCGCCGGAAGGGGACAGCGUGUCCCUAUUCCCCAAAGGUGCUGCUGUGAUUUUCUGAGAGGAUUCUCACCAAGGCAUUAUGUCAGCAAGAAAACCCACAAGACAUCUUUAAGCUGAUUACCAGACUAUACUCAGUCACCUUAAUUGUAUAUUGGUUUCCACAAAUUCAGUGAACCAUUCAAAUCUCAACCAACCACGACCACGUGAUUGACUCUUAGGUACUUAUUUUAAAAAAGCACAGGAUACAUAUUCUGCAUUACAGAAACUGGAAACCACCCUAAUGAAAACCUUGAGAAGUUUCUUUUUAAGCUCAGUAUACAUCAAUACGUGUGACAGUUAUGCUUAUUAACAUUCAUAUUAUUACAUAACCUAAACUUUUUCGCAGUAAUUUUUAAUUCUUUCCAUGCCAAAAAUACACCCAUAGACGUUGCUAAUGAAAUUCAAAAGGUAUAUUGGUUGAGGAUGAAGUAGAACUAUGGUUUUGUCCCGUCCUCCCCGUGUACACGUUAACAAUAUGUUUUAAUAUGUGUCUGAUACCGAAAUACGAGCUCCAAGUCUUUUUAAUUUAGCAUUAUACAACCGUAACCAUGAAAAACAUUCCCCAACGCAUUUAGUACAAUCGCGAUUGUGUAACUUCUAAUUAAUAAUCAACUAGGAUACCGGGGAACAGUGGAAUCUGGUGGAGAAACAGAUCGUCCUAAAUUCUAGAGGGAAAAUAUUUCUUUAAUCUGCUCCUGAGUCUUCCUCAGUACAGUACAGAUACAAGGCCUAUUUCCUAUGUAAACGUGUUUUAUAAUUGUUUAGAUUAGCUUGUUACUUCUAUAGUGUACAGCUGUAAUCAGGAAAUAUAAAGCUUGUUUUUAAUUCUUUGUAUAGGACACGGUGCCCCCUGCCUGCCGCCCAAGGAAAUGCACUUGCGACAACAGGCUUCUACAGAAACACACUUUGGAUCUCUGUGCUUUGUGUCCAAAACGUGGAUUAUGCUUUAUAAUGUAGCAAACAGUAUGAUAUGUCAGUUAAUUCAUGUUUGUCAAACCGUGGUAAACUCCGUUUUACAUCAUCGUUAGGUACAGGAGUUUAUGCUACUGUAAACACGACCAAACACGUUUAUUUACACCUUUUACUUGUGCUGUCCUAUUGUGACAGCACAAAUGGUAUCUUACAUUUGGCGCAAAAAACUGCGGGGAUUAUCCCAGUGUUUUCGAAUUCAGCGAAAUUACAGCGAUCCUCACGUCGCCAAACUGAAAAUGAAAGCAAUUUUCCCUUAAAUCCAGUCACUCAACUGUUUUCGGUUUUGAAAGCUGAGAGUUGAAUUCAAUGGCUAUUCUUGGUGUACUCAAAGCCUAAGAAAAAUAUGUAUUAACUAGUUCCAUGUAUUAAGUAUGCAUAAUCAAACGUUUUUCAUGUUUUCAGAAUAUCUUUCAUAUCAAUUUGAACUUCAUAGAAAUCGAUCUUUUAGAAGAAAAUUUAUGCAAAUAAUGCAGACAUGUUGAAGAAUAUUAAUCGUUUAUAUAUAAAAAUAAACACAUAGUAUAUUUUAAUAGUUAGAGUUUUCUGAGAUCAUAUAAUUUGCUUAGAGGAUAUUUUUGCUAAUGGCAGUAUUGCAUUAAUAGAUUAUAAAAAAGCAAAUAAAUAUUCACCGAUGUUUGAAAUGGGGAAUUAUAGCGUGAGGCCCUGUCUAAUAAUUAAAAUAAAAUAACUUUUAGUAUCUGCGCCACAUGGUGAAUGAGCUGGAUGUGUAUUCGGGAUCCGACCCCACCCGCGAGCCUCACUCCUCGGCUUGGCUGCAGCCUGGUGAUUAGAACCCAACCCACAACACAGAACCAUAUGCUCAGUCACACCUCUGCACUAUUACCGAACAACAACCACACCAAUAACUGCCGCUCCCUGCACAGCAAAGGAGCACGAGCUCCUCCGAAAAUCCCCACACUGUAAUACAAAACCUGUAUAGGAGAAUCACCUAAAAUUCAUUUACCGUUUCAUUUGAAUGAGUUCAUAUAAGCGAUUCGUUUGCCCAGUGCCUGCAUCUUGCGAUAAACAGAAACGCAGAGACAUUCAACUUUGCCUGCUGAAGAAAAAAACACGUCAAUGUUGAUCAAUUUUCAAAGCUUGUUCUGUUAUUUCUGGAAACCUUCCACAUCUCACAUUGCCGUCAAUGUUUUUGCAUUUCAGAAGUCAAUGCUCCACCAAACGUCAAAUAAAGCAAAAAGGAUUAAAGCCCUUUCGUUAAAAGAUGAUGUGUAUUGGGCCACAACGAGAUAAUAGAGAAUAUACAUAACUGUGAUGAGAAUAAGUUUAACAUGGUAAUAAUUAGGCCAAAUCUUAAUCCCCUUAUAACAUCUGUUAUCCUAAUUGCUUAUUGCACCAGAUAAAUGAAAUCACCAGAGGGUGGUAUAGUCAGACAUGUUGAUAUUCAGAGGUUCACAAAGAAUGGCAACAAUAAUUUAAUAAUUAAAUGCAUUUUAACAGUCUGUCUAUUUAAUAAAUUUAGGUAGAACCGAUGGUUAUUGGGUCAUACUCAUUUUUUCAUACAUUUAAAUAAAAUGAUUGUGUUUUUGGUAUAUACCUGUAUUUUGUGCUAUGAAAUCCUGUGCCCCAAUGCUCGUAUUCAGAGGGCUGGACUGGCCAUCUGGCAGUUUGCCGAUGGGUAUGUGGAUCGGCAAAAAUCCCCAAAGUCCAGGGUCAGCCAGCACUGCUCAUACACACAUGCAUACAGACAUGUAACUGCACACUCACGUACACGAACUGAUUUUAAGAGAAAAAGCUCGUUGCCGCAGUACAGAGAACAAUAGAAAUUUACUCUAGGAGUCCUAGAAGAAAUUCCGAGAACAUCUUUUUUAAAAACUUUAUUAUGUAGGCCCUAUUAUUAUUGUGAUAAAAGCAGAACUGCAUUUCUCAUCUACAUUUUCCAUAAAUAAAAUAAAACAAAUGUUGAGAUACCUUGGUCAAUGCGAUAAGUUAAACGGACCGCAAUUCCACCGUCCAAACCAUUUUAUUAGCUUUUUUUGUUGAUUGGGACAGGAGCACACAUAAACAGACACCCCAAUAAACGUUGUCUUACCUCAACAGAGAAACCAGCAUCAAAGAAAAUCCUUUGAAGUGCUAUUGACGUGACAAAGGGACCAAUUUAAGCACGUGCUUUAUCAUAAUUAAAAUCUUAAAGGUGUUUCUUGAGUUUUGUUGGGCGGGACACCCCACUGUCUUUAGCGGAGAUACGGAACCCAGGCACCCUUCUUAAGGGUUGAAGUUCUCCCAGUCCACCAAACACCGUCCCUCUCGCGCACUGGUCAGUGUUUUCCCUAAAAGCAGUAGCAAUGUCUGCUUUGUCUAUGCCCGUCUUGCUGAUAACCAUUUUACAGGUCGAAGUACAGGGUUGGAGCCACCAAAGUCACUAUCUUGGAAGAAAACUGGGAGAGUUGCGGAGAAUACCUGAGUCGUAUAAUGUGAUGCUGCCCAGCGAAAUGGAGAGCAGCGCGAGCGCGGAACAUCUCAAGAAAGCGAUAGAGGAGAUAGUCAACCGGACCCGAGGCAACGGAGGCCAGGCAGUGCGAGGCAUCCAGCACGCGUCCUUGCCAAGGUUUUCAGGGACGGGUUAUCAAGCCACAGAUUCUGGCAUCCAGAAACCAACAUCUUCAGUGGAUUUGAUGAGCCCUACUGACACCCCUCUUAAAAACGCGAAGAAGUUCUGGAACCACUUCAUGUUCAGGAGAAGAUCUGACUUCCAAUCCAUCAUUCCUAUCAGGAAUAACGAAGUACAUCAAGAGAAGUGCCGCGCCGUCCCAUUUUUCCAGAGCGUCGCUCACGAAAACUGCGAGACGGUGGUGUUGAGGAACAACCUGUGCUUCGGACGGUGCAACUCCGUGCAUGUUCCGAACAGCGACGACGGGCCCCAGACCUUCUGCUCCUACUGCUCCCACGUUAAGUCCACUCGCAGGGCUGUCCAGCUGAAAUGCGCCGGCGACACGCACAUCACCAAGGUGGUCACCAUGGUGGAGGAAUGCCGGUGCGAAAUGCAGCGAGGACGGCACUCCCAUCACCACAGCGGACCCGCUCUUAUAGAUCCCAGCUUGCUAGGGAAUCUGUCUUAGAAUAAAACAGAUUUACAAUUAUCCGCUCCGUUCCGACCAGCAAAAUAAGCUCAGGGAGUUUUCUGACAGGACGACGAGCGUUCCUUGGAAAACAUCAAUUUGCAUCUCCAGUGCUUAUUUAACAUCAACCAAAUUUGUUGUGUAAUGUAAUGGUUUUAUUUUUUAAAAGAUGUAUUUAUGUUCUGGUGUAUGUACGGUUUAUGUAAAUGUUAAAGACAUUUGAUGUUUAGGUUUGCUGUUAAUGGUAGAAU